AUGGCUGUCCGUCCUGCGACGCAUGCUGGAUCCUGGUAUAGUUCCGACAGGAACAAGCUGGGUUCGCAACUAGAACAGUUUAUUGGUAGCACGCAGGUUGUGCCACAUGCUCGUGUCAUAGUGUCCCCCCACGCUGGAUAUGCGUAUUGCGGGCCCACAAUGGGUAAAGCUUAUGGAGCUCUGGACGUCUCGCACGUUAAAACGGUGUUCAUAUUGGGUCCCUCGCACCACAUGUACUUUCGGGACAAAGCUUUGGUAUCAAGGUUCCAGCAGCUUCAAACUCCGCUUGGAAACUUGCAUGUGGACGUUAAAAAGACCAGUGAACUGGUCAAAUUGAAAGAAUUUGAGUAUAUGGACGCCGACGUCGACUGCGAUGAGCAUUCGCUUGAAAUGCAGUUUUCGAUGCUUCACAAGGUUUUGUCGUUACGACGUAUUGACAUUUCUCAGGUCCAGGUGGUCCCUAUCAUGAUAUCGCACAAUUCGACGCAGGUGGACCAGCAACUAGGUCAAACUUUGGGUCAGUAUCUGCUACAACGGGACUGCGUGUUCAUAGUGAGUUCUGAUUUCUGUCACUGGGGCCGCAGGUUCAAUUAUACUGGAUAUGUGGGCGAAAAGGGCGAGAUCGAAGAGGCGCUGAAAGAGGACACUGAGAUCGAGUCCCUUACAGCGCGCAGCAAGUUGUCACAUCAUCAAGUGCCCAUUUGGAAAAGCAUUGAGCUGCUGGACAAAUUUGGUAUGGAACUCUUGUCGCAACCGGAGCCCAGGGACAAAUACGGACUUUGGAAGCAGUACAUAGAGGUUACUGGGAACACGGUGUGCGGCGAAAAGCCAAUUGGGGUUUUACUGUGUGGACUUGGGUCAAUGGGACCCAGCCGGGGCGUUAAGUUUACUUGGCCUGCGUACUCGCAAUCAAGCCGGGUUGGCAAUGUAAUGGAAAGCAGCGUUAGCUAUGGAGCCGGGUACUGCACCAUCUAA